AUGGAAAACGGCCGCUGGUAUCAUGGCUUCCGGAGAGGCCUCUACAUGUACCCGUGCGACGAGCCCGAGAACGACCGCAUGGACAUCUACCACCAAUUCUUUGCCGUCGCACGGAGAGGGCAGCUGCACCAGGCGCCGCACGCCAAUGUCAAGCUCCCUGAGGCCCAUGGCGCUGAGCAAGUACGGGUUCAGAAUCCGACUGCACCACCAGAGCCGCAGACCAACAAGAAGCGAAAGGCUGAGAAAGAGCCUGAGCCGAACAAGAAAGCCUGUGCCGAACCUCUUUGUGAUGUUCCUCAGAAAAGGACUUGCCCUCCUCAGCCUCGAAUCAAUAUGUACAAAGACGAGGAGGGCAAGUUCAACGGCAAAGUCGUGCGAAGAGCUGCAUCGCGAGUCGGUCCUCGUGAAGCCCGUCAACACGAGAACACCCCAUCAAGAAGUUCGAUACCAGAAGAGAACUCGUGGCUGGAGACUGGAAGUGCGGAGAGAACGGCUGUGGUACGACAAGACCACCCCGACGUCUUGACCAAGCCGAUGGACGCUCGCGCCGACGUUCGCGCUUUCUUGUCAGAGCGAAGCAAGGUUCUGCACACGAGCGGCCUCGCCCACGACACUACCCAAUCAGAACUAGAGAGCUGGUUCACUCAAUUCGGCGGACGUCCAAUUGCGUUCUGGACCUGCAAGCACUGCCCUGAUGACCUCCGCGAACGCUUCCUGCAUCAUAGUCCCUCCGGCAAGAAGAAGCGCAAGGCGCGGAAGAAGCCACUCUCUAAUGAAGCCUUCAAAGUUACGAACGCCGAGUAUCAUCAAGGACGUCCCAAGUUAUUCGGUUGGGGGCGACUGGAUAUGGGCGAGGUCGGGGCCCUAUCCACCAUCGGCAUUGAACUCGUUGCGCAGAGUUGUUCGUUCUCCGCAACGCCGGUUCCAUCCGUGGGUGUCGUAGAGCGCUUGAGCAACUUCUACAACGAACACAUUGGACCCAAGAACCUCGAGUUCGCAUUCGUAGACUCGUGGGACGAAUGUGUUCGUUAUGGGAGGAUCGCUCGCGCCUAUGCCAUCCACGGAACAUUCUAG